GCAGACAGACACAUACACAGUGAAACUCUGGACCGCUUCUUUAUCCCUUACAAAGAAUAAUCUACAUAGCAAUAAUUGCAACAUUCUGUUUUUCACUGCUUCUCAAGGUUUUCUGUUAGUUUUAGCAGUUGUUUUUUUUUAGUUUUAUAUAUAUAUAUAUAUAUGCGUAAAUUGUAUUUGCACUGAUUUUUGGUUUGUUUUCUUGAAUUGUUUUUGUAUUAGUUUUGGUUCCGGGGAUGAAUAGUUUUAAGAUGGCUGGGAUGGUCUCCAAAGGCAGAAGAGACGCGUUAAAGGUGUUUGUCGCUUUAUUUUCUGUUUCUUUGGUUUAUUCUUACAACAUCGACUUGGACCAUCCCGUGGUUUAUCAGGGACCCAAAGGGACAUUUUUUGGAUAUUCCGUCCUGGAGCACUACCAUGGUAAUACAAGAUGGGUCAUAGUAGGAGCCCCCAAAGCAAACUCCACCUUCAGUGUGUCAGUAAGUUCCCCAGGAGCCAUCUUCAAAUGCAGAGUGCACAACAACCCCGAGAAGAUGUGCACAGAGAUGGACAUGGGCAGAGGUAAUGAGCGGAGUUCGUCGUGUGGUAAAACCUGCAGGGGGGACAGGGAAAACGAGUGGAUGGGAGUGAGCCUCGCUCGACAGGACAGAGCCAAUGGGAGCGUGCUGGCCUGUGCUCACCGCUGGAAGAACGUCUUCUACGGGUCUGAACACAUCCUGCCGCAUGGCUUCUGCUCCAUCAUCCCACCCAACCUGCAGCGCAACGGACGAGACCUCAUUCCCUGCUACGAAGAGUAUAAGAAGAAAUAUGGGGAAGAACAUGGCUCGUGCCAGGCUGGAAUUGCAGGCUUCUUUACUGAGGAGCUGGUUGUGAUGGGAGCCCCCGGGUCAUACUACUGGACAGGCACAGUCAAAGUGUUAAACCUGACUGACAACACCUCCUACAAGCUGCGGGACGGGUCCAUCGGCACAAGCAGAUACAGCUAUCUAGGAUAUGCUGUGACGGCCGGUCACUUCUCCCAGCCCACUGCCACUGAUGUUGUUGGAGGGGCCCCACAGGAUGGGGGAGUAGGAAAGGUUUACAUUUUUAAAACAGAGAGGGGAUCCCUCGUGAAGAUUUUUCAAGCCUCAGGGAAAAAGAUGGGCUCUUACUUUGGCUCCUCCUUAUGUGCAGUUGACCUGAACCUGGACGGCCUGUCGGAUCUGCUCGUCGGGGCCCCUAUGUUCAGCGAGAUCAGAGACGAGGGCCAUGUAGCUGUCUUCAUCAACAAGGGAAAUGGGGUCCUGGAGGAAAGGGUGCUCCUGAACGGGGACAACGCCUACAACGCCCACUUUGGGGAAAGCAUCGCCAUGCUGGGAGACAUCGAUGACGACGGCUUCCCAGAUGUUGCCAUUGGAGCCCCCAAAGAGGAGGAUUUUGCAGGAGCUGUGUAUAUCUACCACGGGGACACCCAUGGGAUUGUAGCAACAUAUUCCAUGAGGCUGUCGGGACAAAACAUCAACCCAGUGCUGCGGAUGUUCGGUCAGUCUAUGUCGGGUAACGUGGACAUGGAUGGAAAUGCUUAUCCAGAUGUCACCAUUGGAGCCUUUAUGUCAGAUAAUGUGGUGCUACUGAGGGCCCGGCCUGUCAUCACGGUUGACAUCUCGAUAUUCCUCCCCGUCUCCAUCAACAUUACGGCUCCUCAGUGUCACGAUGGCUCCCAGCACCUCAACUGCCUCAACGUCUCAGCCUGCCUGCGCUUCCGAGGAAAACAAGUGCCCGGACAGAUAGGGCUGCUUUACAACCUGACAGCAGAUGUGACAAAGAGAGAGAAGGGGCAGCAGUCCCGAGUGGUGUUUACGCUGAACGGGGAGCUGACGAGUCACGUGAACGAGCAGAUCCAGCUCUCCUACAACGAGGAGAAGUGCCGGCACUACAUGGCUUACGUCCGGAAAGAGGUGAAGGACGUCUUUUCCCCGAUCAUAUUUGAAGCUGCUUACAGCCUGGGUGAACAUGUGAUUGACAACAAAGAUGACAAGGAGCUGCCAGCACUGAAGCCAAUCCUGCGCUGGAAGAAAGGAGGCAAGAUAGCCCAGAGAAACCAGACGGUGUUUGAGAGGAACUGCCUAUCAGACGACUGUGCUGCAGAUCUGAGGCUCCGUGGACAGUUAUUGCUGCCUGGCGUGGACCCCAGGCCCUACCUGGCGCUGGGAGCUGUGAAGAACAUCUCUCUCAAUGUGUCCAUCUCCAACGCCGGGGACGAUGCCUACGACACCAACGUCUACUUCAACUUCUCCAGAGAACUCUAUUUCAUCAAGAUGUGGCAGAAGGAAGAAAAGGGAAUUUCCUGUGAACUUUUGGAGUUGGACUUCCUGAAGUGUAGCGUGGGAUUUCCUUUCAUGAGAGCACAGUCCAAGUACCACCUAGGAGUUAUUUUUGACACCAGUCAUCUAUCCGGAGAUGAGGAGAACCUGCAAUUCCUUGUCAGCACACAAAGUGCCAACCCAGAACACGAGAGCACAUUAUCAGACAACACCCUUCACCUGUCUGUCCCUCUGAUCCAUGAAGUGGACACAACAAUCACAGGGGUGGUUUCCCCUACCUCCUUUGUGUAUGGAGACUCAGUGAAUGCCGCCAGAUUCGUUCAGAUGGAUGACAUGGAGUGUCUCUUCCAGCCUCUCAACUACACCUUCCAGGUUAUUAACAGUGGGCCAAGCCGUUUGCCUGGCUCAAUAGUACACAUUCUGCUUCCCAAUCGGCUCGGAAGCAGCGGAGCCGAGAUGCUGCAUGUUCAAGAGACAGUGGUUGGGCAGGAAGGAGGGAACUGCACCUACCACAGAAACCCUACACCGUGUACAGUCCCCCAGGAUCGGUAUAGAAUCUUACAAACCAUCUUCGCAUUCUUCACCAAGUCGGGCAGAAAAGUCGUGGACUGCGACAGGCCAGGGAGGUCCUGUCUAAUCAUUACCUGCCUCCUGUCUUCAUUGGCAAAAGAAGAAACGAGAAGUAUAGAUCUGAGGAUUCUGCUCAAUACGGAGAUGCUAAAAAAGGACACCUCAUCAGUAAUACAGUUUGUGACAAGGGGCAGUGUGAUGGUGGAUACCAGUCUCCGGGCAGCGGAGGUCUCCAAUGGGCUUUCUGAACAUACCACUGUGGUGUUUGAAGCCCUGCACAAUCUGGAGCCUCGUGGAUACGUGGUCGGUUGGAUUAUCGCCAUCAGCCUCUUAGUGGGGAUUCUCAUUUUCCUGCUGCUUGCGGUCCUGCUCUGGAAGAUGGGCUUCUUCCGUCGGCGGUACAUAGAGAUUAUCAAGGCAGAGAAGAACAGGAAGGAGAGUGAUGAGAGCUGGGACUGGGUCCAGAAGAGCCAAUGAACAGACACUCGUGUCACGUGACACCUAUAUGUCGUCCUGUUGUUCUCAUUCUUGAAUCUUCCAUAUGUGGAAGAAAAUAAUCUUCUCCAGAUUUUUCGGAGGCUUGAUAAUUAUUAUUUUUUGCUUUUAAAUCUGCGUUGAGCUGACAGCUGGGAACUAUUCCUGAGGCAGUCAUGUGACCCAAUUGGAGGAAUUUGUACUUCCUGUUGGAAUUGGACUUUGAACUCUGGAAAGGGAAGAACUGCUAAGGAAGGGGGUGGAUGAUAUGAAGACAUGUGGUAAAAACCCUCAGGGUAUUGAACUCUUGUUGGCAAAACCUAUUUUUUAUACAUACAUGCCUUUUUUUGUACUGAAUGUGUCUGUCAGGAAAAUGUAUCAGUAAUGUAUUUUUUUUUUUCUGUUGGACAUAUCUAUAUAUAUAUAUAUUUCUUUCAAAGCACUGAUGACUUGUUAAAGCCUUGGUUACAUAACAAAAAAUAUGUUCAGACUGUUUUAGACUAGAGAAAAUAGAAACGAGAGGGUAUGUUUUUUUUUUUUUUUAAAAAUUGAAAUGUCCACUGGUAUCUGGCUGAUAUUUCAACAAAAUAAAGUAUUAUGUGACAAAAUAUUUUGAGAAACAUUAUAAUAAGUACCUCUCUGUGAAUUAAGAUCAGGGUUAAGUAUCAAACUUUAAAAUAAGUGGUUAAAACUAUAAGAAACAAUAAGCCAAGUAGACAAAAGCUUGGGCUAAGACAUUCAUGGCUAUAAGACUUUGGUCUGUAUUGUAAGUUAGUUUUAAAAGAAAGUUUUAUUAAUGAGUGUUUUUUAAGCCCGUUUUGGUUAAUGAAAUCAAGUUUGCAUUUCACAAAAUCAACUGUUUUAGAACUUUGUUCUCAGCUUUCAAAGAACUGUUUAAACUAAGAGAAUGUUUAUUUAAAAAAAAAAAAAAAAAAAAAACAUUACUUCACAAAUGUUUUAUGGAUAAGACCCCAGUUCCUUAUAGUUAUAACUUCAGAAUUUACAAGAGUGUUUAAAUUUAUAAAUGAUAUAAAAAUAUAAAAGUGGCUGUUCCUGACUAAUUAAUAAUCGGGUUAAAUGUAGUAAGAAUGUAUGUUUACAGCAUUCAGUAAGGCAUUAAUUCUAGUUCAUAUAGUAAAUUUUUUUUUGUUGAACUUCUGUCAGCAUAGCAGGCUCAGGGUUUUCGAUAUGGGGAAACCCUCUUAGGAUAUGCGGGAAAAGUGCCCUGGGAACUCCAUAGUGAUAAGCUAAGUACUGGGCGUCAUUGUCAAUUGUGUUAGUUUCACUAUUAGUCAACUUCCUGUAAAGGUGUUUAGUAUAAAGUAUUGCUGAGUAUUUUGUCCCACAUGCCUUCCAUCUGUUGUUCUCUUUUAGCUCACAGGAAAUAGCUACUCUGCUCUACAGUGACCCCAACUGGGUGAGUUUGUCAGCAACCGGACUCUCCUCCAGUUACAGCUUACCAGCGCCAUCUACUGAUCAAUGACAGCGUUACAUUAGCAGAGGCAAAUCUGUGAUUGAUUGUCCUACCUUAAAGGCAACAGCUGACCCAAUAGGACAGUACAAAUGUCUUGACAGAGUUGUAUUGUUAAAGUAGAGUUGUGUUUUUUUUUUAUGGGAUAGGGAUGUGUCAUUGCCUAGCCUUGUAUAAUAUUGGAAACUUUGAGAAAACAAAUUUUAACCAACCCGCUGCUGUAAUUUAAAAGCAGAGAGAUAACAAGUAACAGUUCAAAAUGAAUAACUGUGUAAGAAAAGGGCUGGUUACAGUGGCUGUGUAUCUGGGCUUUUGGGUCCUCUAGCAAAAAUGUUCUUAAAUUGUAAGAAUUGUAUUGAGUAGAAUUUUUGCUGUCCACUCAGGAGGCAAAUGUGGAAGAAUUUUCUGUAAAAAAAAAAAAAAAGAAAAUUGGAAUGUUUAUUAAUGGAACAUUUUGAUUUGCUUAGUGAAGGGAUGAUGGUUUAUAAUUGAACGUCAUUGUGACAUGCAGGAUGUGUAGAAGUAUCAGAAUAGAUAUUUCUACAGUGUGUUGGAGGUGGGUUUUCAGUAGACCGCUUUCUUCUCCAUUUGGAUCUAUUGGACUGAUCUGCAAACUCAAAUCUCGAUUAAUUAACCUUUAACUGGUGUCUAGGCAGGCUUCAUAACGUGUAGGAACACAAUCAUUUGAGGUCUUUGUCAAGCACUUUAUCAUUCAACAAACUGGUAUAUGGUAAACAGCCAAGCAGCAGUGAUAGAAAUGAAUCAAAGAGAGACUGAGGAAAUGUUACUGACACCUUAAUUUGAUUGCAUGGUUUACAACUUUGCCAAGUCUUGUAGUCUGAGGAAUGUUCACCAAUGUGUAUCAAAAGCAUUCAGAUAAGAGGAAGCUGGAUUUAAAAGCGAUGUUUUUAUGUACGGGAUGUGGGGGCAGGGAUAUUUUAUCAUCCAGAAAAAAGAGGGAUUCAUGGUUAAUUGUGAAUACUAGUGGAAGGCCUUCCAAAUUGAACCAAUUUUUUGUAU